GAGGAGUCCAUUGAGGAAGUGAUCAAAGACACGGAGUCUCUGUUCAAAUCCAGAGAGAAGGAAUACCAGGAGACCAUCGACCAGAUCGAGGUGAGAAGGGACCUGCCACACAUCGGCUGCAUGUGUUUCCCCCUCACUGUCCAAAAGCUAAAAUAA